AUGAGGAAAUGUCUGGAAGAAAUUCCAAUAGGAUUCUUAACAAGACUUUAUGGAAGCGAAAAGAUUCCCAGUGGAGCAAAAGUGCACUGGUACCGAUUUUCAAGAACAAAUGCGAUAGUGCCAAGAGGAGAGGUAUGGUAUUGCACGAGGAAGUCUGGAGUGACAGAGAAGUGCCUGAGAGCAGUGCAAUAUGUGUAUGAGGGAAGUGAGACUGGUGAGAUGUGCGCUAGGAGUGAAAGAGGACUUCAAAGUAGAGGUAGGAUUACACCACGGUUCGGCUUUGAGUCCUUCUGGUUUGCAAUGGUGAUGGACUGGAUGACGGAUGCGAUUAGGCAGGAGUCACUUUGGCCGAUGAUGCCCGUGGAUGAUAUAGUCAGCUGCAGCGAGAGGAGACAGCAGAGUAAUAGGGAUUACAGCGAAGAGGUGAAGCAGAAGGUGCAGGCGCGGUGCAAAAGUAGACCAUUGACGAAAAGACGGGAAGCAGAGCUAGAGACUACUGAGCCUAAGAUGCUGAGAUUUUCAUCGGGAGUGACGAGGACUGAUGAGAUUAGUAACGCCUGCAUAAGAGAGACAGCUAAAGUUGGACGCCUUGGAGGAAAAGUAAGAGAGGCAAGACUUGAGUGGUUUGGCCGUUUUCUGCGCAGUGACGUGCACUUCCUCGGUAGAAGAAUGCUGAGGAUGGAGUUACCAGGCAAGAGAAAACGAGGAAGAACAAAAGGAAGGCUCAUGGAUGUAGGUUGA